AUUGAGUCUCAGCUCUUGGUAAUAAAUGCAAGUUUAGACAUAAUUUCUUUAAGUGAACUUUGGUCUCCACAAUAUUUCAUUUGGUGUGGUGAUGAGUGAGUUUGAUAUGUCACUGUGAUAUUUGGAUAACAAUUUCUAAAUGCAGCUGUGAUAACAGUGCUUGAUAUCUACAAUAACUGUUAUUUAACAAUUGAUCAAGAUGAUGAAGUUCAAAGUAGCCGGUCUUGUGGCCGAUUUAAUGCCUAAUAUAAGACUUAUUCAAGCAUCUGGUCAUUUUAUGUUCAAUUACCAUGCUGAUAAUUCUGGAUCGUUGCAUACUUUACGUGUUGGAUAUUCCUGCAUGCAUUUGGUUUUCUGUCUAUUUCAAUAUGGAUGUACUCUUGGUAACCUAGUAAGAGAAAAGGAUGAUGUCAACUAUUUAGCAGCCAACACAAUAACAGUCCUUUUCUUUUCUCACUGUAUAACAAAAUUCGUCUAUUUCGCCUUAAGAUCGAAACUCUUUUACAGGACGUUAGGAAUAUGGAAUCAACCGAACAGUCAUCCAUUAUUUCUAGAAUCAAAUAACAGAUAUCAUGCUCUGUCACUGAAAAAAAUGAGAACAUUGAUAGUUUGUGUUGUUUCUGCAACUAUUCUAUCCGCGGCGGCUUGGACGGGCAUCACUUUCGUAGGUGAGAGCGUUCAUAACAUAAAAGAUCCUGAUAACGAGAAUGAGACAAUCGUAGAAGAAAUUCCUCGGUUAUUAGUGAAAGCAUGGUAUCCUUGGAAUGCGAUGUCCGGAAUGACUUAUUACAUAACAUUGAUCUUUCAAAUUUAUUACGUUUUUUUCUCUUUGAUGCAUGCAAAUCUACUGGACAGUCUUUUUUGUUCAUGGCUUAUAUUCGCUUGCGAACAAUUACAACAUCUGAAGGAAAUUAUGAAACCUCUCAUGGAACUUUCGGCGUCAUUAGAUACCUACGUUCCAAAAAGUGCUGAUUUAUUUAGAGCUACAAGCGCCACAUCCCAGGACAAUUUCAUUGAAAACGAUUAUAAUAUGAAAAAUGAGGAGCUUAAUCUCAAAGGAAUUUAUAAUACAAGGCAAGAACUGGGGGCGAACUUCCGAAGUGGUGCAUUACAAACGUUUGGUCCGGGUGGAGGCGGUGUAGGACCCAAUGGAUUAACUAAAAAGCAGGAGUUGAUGGUUAGAUCGGCUAUUAAAUACUGGGUCGAAAGACAUAAGCAUGUUGUUAGAUUGGUAACUGCAAUUGGAGAUGCUUAUGGUGUAGCGCUUUUACUGCAUAUGUUAACAUCAACUGUCAUGCUGACACUUCUGGCAUAUCAAGCUACAAAGAUAAACGGUGUUAAUCCAUAUGCUGCAAGUGUGAUUGGUUACUUAGUUUAUGCUUUGGCUCAAGUAUUUCAUUUCUGUAUUUUUGGUAAUAGGCUAAUUGAAGAGAGCUCGUCUGUUAUGGAAGCAGCAUACAGUUGUCAUUGGUACGAUGGAUCGGAAGAAGCCAAGACAUUCGUUCAAAUCGUCUGUCAACAAUGUCAGAAGGCAAUGUCUAUCUCUGGUGCUAAAUUUUUCACUAUAUCAUUGGAUUUAUUCGCUUCGGUACUUGGUGCCGUUGUUACUUACUUCAUGGUUUUGGUGCAACUUAAAUAAGUUUUUAAAGCGUUUAUAUGAUACGGAUAUGUUUUAUAUAUUACUUAUAAGUACCUGAAUCAUAAAAUGAGAAAUCUACAGAGGAGUAGGAUAAUAUUUUCUGAAAAUAGAAGCUAGAUAUCAAUAUUAAAUAGGAAUUAUUAAACUGUAUUUACAUAUAAUAGACCAGUUAAAUUGUCAUUCGUUGUGCGGACUACUACACCAUAGAAUUUUGUAGUAGGAUUCGUUUUUAGUAGUACCAAGAAGCUAAAUCCUCUGUGAAUGUCCAUGUCAUAGUCAAAAAUCGUCAAAAUCGUAAUUUUGUAUUUUUCAACUUGAGGAAUGAUGUUAUACAAAAACAAGAAUUCUAUAAGUACGUGAAAAUCCCUGGAGUUUAAGAUUCAAAUAGUUAUAUUUGUCCCGAUAAUAUGAUGAUCCCCUGAGACUGAAAAAAGAUUUGUUAUAAAACAUAUAGCAGUAGGGAAGUAUACUUGAAGCACUUCAUUAUAUCUGGCAAAUGCGCUGGAGUUGCGAAAAUCUAGCAGCUAUCUAACAUUGACUUCCUAUAAUAUGACGUUGUACUCUGUAGAUAACAAACUGAAAAAUAAUAAAAUAUACUCGGAAACUGAACAAAGGUCUUUCAAGAGGCUUCAAAGCAUUUGAGACAUAUAUUUCUAAUUCUUUGCUUACAUUAUGAACCUUCAAUAAUAUGAAUGAUAUUUAAAAAAACAUUCUCUUUCAUCGUAACUACCAAUUUUGUAAUACAGACUCCAUCUGGAAGCUUGAGAAUUGAGAUUGAUGAAAGAAACUAUGAAAUAACGAUCUCACUCAAAUUUUAAGAAAUUCAAUUUAUUUCCAGAUUGUUCACAUUAAAUUUAUACACAUUCAUUACUUUAGCGUCAAAACAGGCUAAACGUAAAUAAGUGCGAACUUACAGUGAUUUUUAAGGUUUUUGACAGUGAUCCGGAAGUUGUCCGAUAUACAAAUUCAAUUUAACAUUUUCAUACUUUCACACAUAAUAAAUGAAAAAGAAACCUACUUUCUCAUCCCUUGCAAGUGAUAUCAGUCUUAUUACGACUAUAGUAAGUAUUUUAAAGACAAUUUGGGCAAAUUACGAAAUAUAGAAAAUUCUUUUUUAGUACAAACAAAUUAUGUAUUCAUACAUUUAUUUCCGAAAUUCCUUAAUUUUAAUAAUAUUAUUGUAUUAGAAACAUAUUAAAGCAAUCCCUAUAUGAUAUAUUUCAGUCUGUAUUUUUGACAGUUAUAUUUUCAAAGUAAGAACCGAUUGCACAUUAAGUCUGUGCAUCCUGUCAUCUGUCAUCUAGCUCAGUAUAGACCAUAGAUGGACCGGUAUAGACCACUUCUUCCAGUCUCUCAUUUCGUCGUCAUUACGUUUUACACGUUUAUACGUCACUGCUGGUUUUGGUUGUGUUCUUAAACUAUUUAGACUAUUUAAACUAUUUAGACUCUUUAUAGUCGUGAUAUAUGCUCCCAUUAAAAAACUUGUAACCAUUCAGAUCUCAAUUUAGAUUUUGCCGGUAAUGAAUCAAAAGUGGGAGCUUCUGCUUUGUCAACAAAUUUUUGAGCUCCAAUUUGUUUUAGUCUCACAAAUAUACAUUGUAAAUUCAGUUCAUUGGUUGAAAUGACAGAAGUAAACACAAAAUAGUAUUAAAAUUAAGGCUGCAACUUCACAAUAAAAUCUCAAAGUAUUUCAUAAUUUUUUCCGACAAUUCAUAUAUUUUGCAAAAACUCUAUACUUGGAUUUUCAAAAAAAAAGGUUAGCUCGACACACAGUGAAUUUAUUUUUAAAAGUAGGUAAUGUAGGAAUAUGAUUUAUAUACAAUUUCGAAUAGAAUGGUUAAAAAGAAUUUACUUAAAAUGCCCUCAAAAUUAUUAUUCUCGUUUAGCUAUACUUUCAUGUAUAUAAAACGGAGUAAUUUUAAUUCAAAUAAACAAAAUAUAGUAUGACAGCAUCGAAAGCUGCAACUUCACAAUCACAAAUUAUCUGUUAUUUCACGAAAAUGUACAUAUUAAAAAUUCAAAAACCUCUAUACCAGAAGUUUCUAAGGAAUACGGUGAAUAAAUACAAUAAAAAUAACAAUUAAUAGUAGAGUGUGAAUAUCUACAUUUCUCAAGAAAUUUGGAUAUAAAUUUUCACUAAAAAAGUUAGAACAAUAAUUUGUCUUUGGUAAUAUUAGUAAUAACAAAUACAAAUUGUUACUUAGCUUGGCACUCAGUGAAUUUAUUAUGAAAAUUAUGUGAAAUAAUUAUAUAAUGAAUCGAUCACAGUACUUGUUAUGGUGAAAUUAUCGUUAAAUCAUGCUCUCAAUAUGAAUAAGCACGUAAAAAUUAAAUGAAAAAAUGUUCAUAAUAGUUAUUGUGAUUUUGAUUGCAAAAAUAAAAACAGUAAAUAUGAAUUUAACAUAUUUCCAAUA